AUGGAGAAGUAUAACGUCGAUCUCUUCGCCGUUCUAUCGGACUGGGGUAUAGCAAAUGACAUUGCGGCAAAGGUGGAGUUUCCUGUAAUGUCUGUGACACUGGGGUACUUACCGGAAGAGACUCCUGUCGAACAUGCGCAGUCUUUGUCAUUCAAGCGCCCAGACUGCCAUAUGCUUUGA